CUCAGUGCAGGGCUCGGGCUCUUUGCUGGGCAGCUGGCGAGCAUGGAGAGACCUUUAGAGGAAAUGCUUCAGUUUUGGUGUUUUCUCCCUGUCCGGGCCCCUGCGUCACCCCAACGCUCGAUGAUCGGGUCCCUUCCAGGCUGAUUUGCCCUCAGGCAUUCCCCUCGGGCAGGGCAGCGGCCGCGGCACCCCCUGCGCGGCCCGCACCCCGCCCCGGCCCCGGGCGCAAGAUGGCGGCGGCCGUGAGGGCGCCCGCCGGAGCGAAGGGCCGGGGCGGCGGGCGGCGGGGCGGAGAGGGCCCGGCGGCGCGGCGCUGAGGAGGCCGCCCGGCCCGCCGUCCCUUCGCCGCCUCGUGACGGGCUCCGGCGGCCCCGCCGCGGCGGGGUGGGGCUGCAGCCGCGGCCGCAGCCGGGCCGAGGGCGGGGAGGGGGGGUCCCGGCCCUGCUUGGCGUCUGCCGGCCCCGCGCUCCGGCAUCGGCGAUGAGCGGCGCCGCGGAGGCGCGGGAGCUGGAGGAGCGGCUGCGGGAGGCGGCGGCGCUGGGGGACGUGGAGGAGGUGCGGCGGCUACUGGGCGCGGGGGCGGACAUCAACUCCCGCAACGAGAUCAACGGCUGGACCUGUUUGCACUGGGCCUGCAAGCGGAACCAUGCUCCCGUGGUGUCCUGCCUGCUGGAUGCUGGUGCAGAUAAGCAGAUCCUCACCGCUCAAGGAGAGCUGGCAGCACAGUUAACUUCGAAACCAGACAUACGGAAGAUUUUGGGAGUAAUAGAGGAGGAAACUGAAUGUCAAGGAGCGAAGGAUUUAAAUCUGCCAAUUGUUGCAAACUACUUGGCCAACCCACCAUUCCCUUACAUUUACGCUGAAGAAAGCAUUCCAGACAGCUUGGCAGAAUCCCAGAACGAAAGCGCUUCCAUCUCUUCCGCUUCCCAAUGUGAAACUAGUCCUUGUUCAUCAGCACCUCAGGUUGAAAGCGUGUGCACGCCCACAUCAUGCAACAGCGAAGCCGAUUUUCCUGCGCUAGACACUGCGGAACAGCUGCCCACCCCAUCAGCAACUACCACAGCACCGAAAUGCGUUGGGCCUGCAGCACAGAACGGCCCCACUCGCCAGCCGUCCCUGCCCCACGGCAGAGCUCCCUUUUCCCCGGUAGCACCCAAACAGGCUGCACCUCUGCAAACUGACAGCUCACCUACUGGUCCCGCACCAACGUUUCAGCCCUUUUUCUUUACUGGGACUUUCCCAUAUAACAUGCAAGAACUUGUGCUUAAGGUGAGAGUCCAGAACCUGAGAGACAACGACUUCAUUGAAAUUGAACUGGACAGACAAGAACUGACCUAUCAAGACCUGCUCAGAGACAAGGACGUUGCCAGACUUCAGGACUUCCAAGAGCUGGAGUUAGUUCUUGUGAAAAGCGACAGCUCUCCUUUCAGAAAUGCUGCAUCAACUUUGACUGAGAGACCAUGCUACAAUAGUAGAGCAUCAAAGCUGACGUACUGACUCUUCUAGAUGCAUCUAGAGUGAAAACCUGGUAAUUACAUGCUGCUGCCUUUUGAGGGCAGUGAAUUAAGUGUGUGUAAAACCUUAAGUUAUUGUUAGGGUUACUAUUUUAACUAAUAGUUUAUCUUUUAUAUUUAAUAUCCCCUUUGCUUUUAUUUUUUUACUUGAUACUGUAUUCAGAUAAGGGAUACCUCAUUUGUUUACUAAAAUCACAUGCUUCCAAUGUAUUUCAAUGAAGUUUAUUGGUUGUAUUUGGCAACAGAGGGCAGGAAAAACGUUAAGUAUUGAUAUGAAAAAUAUUUUGAGUACUCCCACUUUGACCAAAUAAGUCACGGAGAAGAGAUUCAGGAAAUUGUGUGUGUGUGUAUGCGUAUGCGUGUGUAUAUAUAUUUUAAACUUCCUGAUUAAAUUACAUGUUAGAGGGUAUUUGCCAUACAACAAACACUUGCCCUCUAAAAAUGUAAAAUUUGCAAGUCCUUAAUUUCUUGCCCCUCCUUACGAUGAUGCAUUGUCUUGCCUGCUGGCAUAGAAAUAUUUAAUGCUCUGAACUGACAGGAGAAAAAUUUUCACUGAGCUGAAAAUAAGUGGAGAAAGAAUGUCCACAUUUAAACGUUUGUUUCUUUCCCAUAUGAGAAUAUUGUAACUGAAGUGAUGGUAUCCUUUCACCUCCACAAAAAAAAAUAUGGAAGCCUCUCUUAAUUAAGGAGCAUUUAAUUCACAAAGCAAGUUAAAGUGUCCUUUCAAAAGAAAGCCUGUAUGUUUCAGGAGCUCAGGAGGGGAAUCACAAAUUUGUGUCCAUGGUUUUAUUGAUUUAUUUUCCCAACGACAGGAGGAGGCUGUGUGUUGCUCACACAAGAAGUCAGUACUGGCACAUCAGGCCACUUGGUUAUGGCCCACCCUCACAGACCAGUUACAGGCACGUGGAUAGUUUCCGCUUUGCAAGGAGCAGGAGAAGCACAACAGUAUACUCUUGAGGUGUCACAACUGUAAGGAGCAUACCAUACUAAACUGGGAACAUACACCAUAAGCAAAUAACUAACCAGUAACUUUACAUCACACAGUUUACUAUCACUUUUACAUAGCAUCAAAAGUUUUAGCCAGAUGAGUACGGAAAGAGCUGAAUGGCUCCAGGUGCUUCUGAUUUUUUUUUUGCUCCUCCCCCCCCCCCAACUGCUUAACUUGCAUUUAAGCAAGUCAGUAAUUAAAACAUCCAUCUGGGAUUUUAUGAAUGGCAAAAGUCAUCAUUAAAACACACCCUGAAGUUACUUCCUUUUGGUUCAAAGAAAAUAUUUAAGUUGCAGCAUUGCUGGAGUAUUAACGGCCUGAAGCUUUUCCUCUUAAUGGGGUAGGCUGCAAAGUUACACCAUAGGAGGCUUUUUGUUUUCUUUUGUACCAAAACCUAUGAUGAUGACUUUUGCACCAAAAACCUUAUUUGGGUAAUGGAGUGCGUGGAGGGGCGAGGGAGGUUUUUUUCUGGACAUGAGCUGCUGCUUUUUCCCCCUGCCAAUAGUAUGGAUUUUCCCUCUGUCUCUGCUUUAUUAAGCUGCACUAGAGCAGAGUUUAUGCACAGCUGAUGCAGUGUUUGUUGUUGUUGUUGAUCUGGAUUGCAAUGCUGACAUUCAGACCAUAAAGAGUACAAUCAACAUGUUCUGUAGCAGCAACAUGGCUGCCACCCUGUCUUAGCUUCCUGCAGCACAGCUGCUUUAUCCUUGAAGCAGCUUCUCCCCACGAGGUCAGUAAAAGCAUGCAUGUCAGAAAACCACAGAAACCCUUCUGCCAGCAGAAGAGACACUUGACUCUGGGUUCAGGAUUUCAGCUACUUACUCUAGGCUUAAAAUUCUUCCUUAGUGCAUUCAAAGUCAUUAUCAUUCUUUCCCACUUGCUCUGUAUCCAUCUCAGCACUUAAACUCUGCUAACUCCUUGGUCUCAAUCCUGGCCCUUCUCUCUCCAGCAGCUGGGCUACUUUAAAGCCUGAUUCAACUCCUGGUAAGCUCAAGACUGUGACACAGCAUGAAGUAAAAUUUCCUGACUGGCUCCCGCUUUGUUUUUCUUGUAGGACAUGAAAGGAGUUUUUAUUUUAACAAUUGUACAUUUAUCUUAUGUGCAAUAACUGUUUGAAAACCAGGAGUAGUUAAAUGGCUCAAAAUUAAGAGUAUCUAAUUUCUUUUCAGUUCCUUUUGUUUAGGAAAUCAGUGUAGAGACUGCCUCCACUAACAUUCAGCUACAGGAACAGCUGGUUAAAAAAAAGCUUUACUUGUGCUAGUUUCCACAAAGAAUAACUGUUGACAUCAUAAAACUAAAACUUUAAUCAUGAUCUAACUGUAAUAAUAACAGUAAGUCUAUGCAUUCAGAGAAAUAUUUUUGUAUGUUUUAUGCAGUUUGAUAAACUCUAAGGCACACUAGUUAUGUUAACUGGUUUUUGUUGGGUUUUUUUUUUUCCUUUGAACAAUAAACCGUUGGUAUGACAACUGAAACUAAGUUUACAAAACUUACUCUUCUUCCAAGGACAACUUUUGUUUGCACUACAAACUUGUACUGAACUGUCAUUGCUACCCUUCACUUAUAUUAAAGUAUCAGUUGUUUCAAG